UCACCAAUCAUGACUUUUGAGAGUAUUGAUCCAAAAUUUGCCUACAUGUUCUCUGUCAUCUCAUGCAGAAGUUGCUCUGUUUUUCAAUUUAUUGGAAAUUAAAGCGAAAGGAAAAAUUUCAAAAAUACCCGGGAAGUUAUUCUUUUGCAUUUUUCCUCCUGGUUAUAGAACAGAUAGUAAAUCGAGGGAGUUAAAUUGGUUAAGAUUUUCUUUCUCAAAUUGUGGCAUUUUGACAAAAAAAGACACCAACUUUACGAAGUUUUAAGCCUUUUGUAAUUUGAAAGAUAGAGUCAUUGAAAGCAAGUUAUUUGGCUGUCAGGCUGCAUAUUUUUGCCAAGGAACGAUGAAUCUGAAAAACAUUGAGUAGAUCUAAUAGCCAAAAACCAAAAAGGAAAUAUACGGAUAUUAGACAGAUUUUACUCUCAUGGCCUGGUUACCUUCUGUGAGGAGACAGUGGCAAUCGUCUGCUUUAAAUUUGGCAAAAAAAGCUUCAAAUGGAUUUAAUCAAUCUUCGUUUGUUUCUUCAACUUUUUGUAAUUCAACAAGAUUUAAUAAUUGUAGUAUAUUUACCUCAUCUGAGGCAGGAUUAGGGCUCCAAGGGCUUCUGAGUAGGAGAACAAUUACAACAGGUUUGCAGAGCAGGUUUAGUCAAGCGGAUCCGUCGACGACAGCCAACCAAAAAGCAAGUACUAGUGAAACAAAUGAGAAUACAGCGAAUAUAAAUGCCACGGAUGAUAGGAACUAUCGUUUUCCCGAAGAGGUGAGAUGUCUGGCCGGUUUGGGGCCUACUAAGGCAGGAGAGAAGGCUAGAGUUGUAGUACUGGGGACAGGUUGGGCUGGAAGCCGUGUUAUUAAAGGCUUGGAUACUAAACUUUAUGAUGUGGUUUGCGUUUCUCCUCGGAACCAUAUGGUUUUUACUCCUCUGUUAGCUUCAACCUGUGUGGGAACACUCGAAUUCCGGUCUGUGGCUGAGCCUAUUAGCAGGAUUCAACCUGAAUUGUCAAGGUCGCCAAAUUCUUACUUUCUAUUAGCACACUGUCAUGAUAUAAAUCCAGACAGUCACGAGAUAUAUUGUGAGACUGUUGGAGAAAAUGGAUCCCAAACUAAUCGUAAGCGGCAGUUUAAGGUUGCCUAUGAUAAGCUAAUAAUUGCUUCAGGGGCUGAGGCUUUAACUUUUGGAAUCCAUGGAGUUAAGGAACAUGCAAUUUUUCUUCGAGAAGUGCAUCAUGCUCAGGAAAUCCGUCGAAAGCUUCUAUCAAAUUUAAUGUUGUCUGACAUUCCUGGAAUAACAGAGGAUGAGAAAAAGCGACUUCUACAUUGUGUUGUGGUAGGAGGAGGACCCACAGGUGUAGAGUUUAGUGGUGAAUUAAGCGAUUUCAUUAAAAAAGAUGUGCAUGAGAGAUACUCUCAUGUUAAAGAUUAUAUCCACGUCACUCUUAUUGAGGUACUUUGA